GUGUAUUGAUUGAAAUAUUAUACUUCGUUUAUAACUACACAACACGAAAAGGAGUGCAAUACAUUUCACCAAACAUUUGGCGGAAUGGUCGAGAUGGACUAUCUGACAAUUGGAGGACCCACAAUAUGCAUCCCUUUUUAAACCAAAUGAUGUUAUCUACCUUGACUCAUGGCUACUGGCGGCCGAUAGAUGUACCUGAAGGAAAGAGAAACGUUGUAAUUACCAAUUUAAACCAAUUGAGGACGAGAAAGAUAGUAAAUUACAGUAACACCUCAAAGUGUGGACACGCUUGUCUUGGUUAUAGAUCAAUUUGUGAUCCAAAAGAUAAAAAAGCGUGUUGCAAAGAAAAUACAUGUCAAGAUAUUCCAAUGUCAGAUUGUGUAUGUCCCACAUGUUUUGAUGAACGGCCAAGGAUCUUUCCGGAAUUCCACGAGUGGACACCGUAUGAUAUUAACAUGCGCAAUAAUGUACAAGGUGAUCAUAUAUGCGCUGGGUUACGGCUUUUAAAUGUGUCAUCAAUGGUAACACUGGGCGAUUCUUUAAUAAGACAAGUAACUGACCGAUUCUGGAGACGAGUUUACAAAGGACCCGUGACACAUUUACUAUAUAACGAUUCCACCAAAG